UCAUUGCAUGACUAUUCAGAAAUAAAUACUAAUUUCAUUUUGACUCAAAGAAAUUGUUUUGUAGUGAUAUAUUAAUUUAUAAAGCAUAUAAAUAUUGUUAAUAAAUAAAUAAUGGCUGCUGUAAAUAGUGUAGUUGCACUAUAUCAGCAAUUGAAAACAGAAUGGGGAAAAAAAACACCCAACUUGGAUAAAUGCGGUAACCUUUUAUCUCAAUUAAAGGUUGGACUAACACAAUUAAUGUUUCUUCCAACUUCUAACUCAGUUGCCUCUGAACAAGAGUUAUUACUGGCGAGAGACAUUUUAGAAUUGGGGGCUCAGUAUAGCAUUUCAGCUAAAGAUAUUCCUUCUUUUGAGCGAUAUAUGUCUCAACUUAAGUGCUAUUAUUUUGAUUACAAAGGUAGAUUACCAGAAUCCGCAUAUAUGUACCAGCUAUUGGGCUUGAAUUUAUUAUUUCUGUUAUCACAAAAUCGUGUUGCGGAAUUUCAUACAGAACUUGAAUUAUUACCAGCAAAUAUAAUUCAAACUAAUGCCUAUGUGAGGCAUCCUCUUGCUUUAGAACAAUAUUUGAUGGAAGGAAGCUACAAUAAAAUAUUUUUAGCAAAAGGCAAUGUACCAGCAGAUAGUUAUAACUUCUUUAUGGACAUUUUAUUAGAUACAGUGCGAGGGGAAAUAGCAGCUUGUUUAGAGCGGGCUUAUCAAAAAAUAAGUUUAACAGAAGCUGCAAGACGAUUAAAUUUACCAUCUCAAAAAGCAAUAACGGAUUAUGGCAAACAAAAAAAUUGGAAAUUGGGAAAUGAUAAGUUUUUCCAUUUUGGCAGUGCUGUAACAAAGAAUGAAGAUCCACUUCCUUCAAUUGAAUUGGUAGCUCAAACAAUUGAAUAUGCAAGAGAAUUAGAAAUGAUUGUGUGAUUUAUAACAUACAGUAAUAU